UUAAAAAAAAAAAACCAACACACACACACACACAAAAAACCCAACUUUGAGAAACGGUUAGGCGACCUCGGCUCAGCUGACCUCGGGGCGGGCCGGCAGCGUCCCCUCGGUUCCCGACUACCCAGCUACCUCUCCAGCCUGCUGCUCGGAUGCCCGGGAUGUUGCCCGGCCCCCAGGCGAGCUGCCAACGCCUGCUCGUGCUGCAGCUGCUACUGCUGCUGCUGGCGGCCGCGCCCGGGGAGAGUCGGCCGCCGUCCGCAGGCUUCAGCUUGGCCGGCAGCUGGCUUGUGCGGAGCCAGGAUGGCUCCGUGGCGCUGCCGGGGCUGGUCCCGGGCUGCGUGCACAGCGCCCUGUUCCAGCAUGGCCUGAUCCAGGACCCUUACUACAGAUUUAAUGACCUGAACUACAGUUGGGUCUCCUUGGAUAACUGGAUCUAUAGCAAGGAAUUUAGGAUUCCCUUUGAUUUUCGCAAAUGGCAAAAAGUAAAUUUGAUUUUUGAGGGAGUUGAUACUGUCGCAGAGGUCCUGCUCAAUAAUGUCACUGUUGGGAAAACAGACAACAUGUUCCAAAGAUACACCUUUGAUGUUACUGAGGAAAUCAGAGACAUGAACACCAUUGUGCUUCAUUUCCAAUCAGCAGUUUCAUAUGCUGCUCAGCAGAGCAAGGCUCAUACAGGGUACCAGAUACCACCUGAGUGCCCAGAACCUGUCCAGAAAGGAGUCUGCCAUGUUAACUUCAUUAGAAAGGAACAAUGUUCGUUUAGCUGGGACUGGGGUCCUUCCUUUCCUACUCAAGGAAUCUGGAAAGAUGUUAGAAUUGUGGCCUAUGAUAUUUGCCAAUUGGACUACUUGACUUUUACUCCUACUUAUGUGAGCAGUGCCGGAGAGUGGAAUCUUAAAAUAGAGGCCUAUUUUGAUGUAGUCAGUUCAAAACCAUUUGGUGGCCAAGUAACAGUGAGCAUUCCAGGUUUGCAAACCCAGCAGAUGUACAACAUUGAACUUCAUCCUGGAAAAAGCAUGAUACCGUUGCUUAUGAACAUCAACAAGAGCAUUACAGUGGAAACUUGGUGGCCUAAUGGACAUGGAAAUCAAACCGGCUACAAUAUGACAGUAAAUUUUAAACUGGAAGGAGGGUAUCAUAUUGAAAAAUUAACUAAGGUUUAUUUCCGGACAGUGGAACUUAUAGAGGCCCCAAUAGCAGGGUCUUCCGGCUUAAGUUUCUACUUCAAAAUUAAUGGACUUCCCAUAUUUAUCAAAGGAUCUAACUGGAUUCCAGCAGACUCCUUCCAGGAUAGAGUAACUGUGGACUCAUUACGACUUCUUUUGCAAUCUGCUGUGGAUGCUAACAUGAAUACUCUACGAGUUUGGGGAGGGGGUGUUUAUGAGCAAGAUGAAUUCUAUGAAAUCUGUGACGAACUAGGACUAAUGAUAUGGCAGGACUUUAUGUUUGCCUGCGCUCUCUACCCCACUGACCAGGCCUUCGUUGAAUCAGUGAGAGCCGAAGCUGUUCAUCAGAUCAGAAGAUUGAAAUCUCACCCAUCCAUCAUCAUAUGGAGCGGUAACAAUGAAAAUGAAGUGGCUUUGGCAAACAACUGGUUUUCUGUGCCACCCAGUAAACUCCAGCUCUACAUCACAGAUUAUGUGACAUUGUAUGUGAAAAAUAUCAGAGAGAUUGUCCUGGCGGAAGACCAGACUCGUCCUUUCGUCACAUCUAGCCCCACAAAUGGAGCAGAAUCCAUGGCAGAAGGUGGAGUUUCCCAAAACCCCUAUGACCCUCAUUUUGGUGAUGUACAUUUUUAUGAUUAUGCCAGUGACUGCUGGAACUGGAAAGUGUUUCCUAAAGCGCGAUUUGUUUCUGAAUAUGGAUUUCAAUCCUGGCCCUCCUUCAGUACCCUGGAAAAGGUCUCCUCUCCUGAAGACUGGUCUUACAAUAGCAGUUUUUCGUUGCAUCGACAGCAUCAUAGGGACGGUAAUACUGAGAUGCUUGAACAGGCUGCUAUUCAUUUCAAGCUUCCUCAAAACCCAGAUCCACUGGUUAUGUUCAAAGACACACUCUACCUUACACAGGUGAUGCAGGCCCAGUGCAUAAAGACAGAAACUGAGUUUUACCGACGAAGCCAGAGCGAAAUUGUAGAUGGCAAGGGCCACACGAUGGGGGCUCUUUAUUGGCAACUGAAUGACAUCUGGCAGGCUCCUUCCUGGGCUUCUCUAGAGUAUGGAGGCAAAUGGAAAAUGCUUCAUUACUUUGCCCGGCAUUUCUUCUCCCCGCUGUUGCCAGUAGGCUUUGAAGAUGAUGGUGUAUUUUACAUCUAUGGUGUCUCAGACCUUCACAAGGACUACAAGAUGACACUUAAUGUGAGAGUGCACCAGUGGAGCUCCCUGCAGCCUGUGUGCGCUCGCCGCGUGGAGCCCUUGGUGGUGAAGGCAGGGCAGGCAGCCCCCUUGUACAAGGAGCCCAUGGCAGAACUGCUGCGACAGUGCAGCCCAUGCACACGGCAGAGCUGUGUGGUCUCUUUCUCCCUGACAGCUGGAAACGAGCUUUCCAGCCCCACUAACCAUCACUUCUUGUCUUCCCUCAAGGACGCGGUGGGGCUGGAGAAGGCGAAGAUCACCGCCAAGAUAGUCCAACAAGAGAACAUUUACAGUUUUGAACUUGAAACCACGGCUGUUGCUCCUUUUGUUUGGCUGGAUGUAGGAAGCAUCCCGGGGAGGUUUAGCGACAAUGGUUUCCUUUUGACGGAGAAGAAGAAAACAAUACUAUUCUACCCUUGGAAGUCCACCAGCAUUACCGAACUUGAAAGAUCUCUUCACUUGAUUUCACUGGCAGACAUUUACUGAAUAAAUCCCAGAUUUUUUUCAAAGGGACUAUAUUAAAAACAAAAACCAAAAAAAUCACAUGAUUAUGUAUAUGCUGGAAAACUUGAAAAGUACAACAGAAUAUAUUGAAGGCACUGGAAAGAGUGGGAAUAAAUGGACCUUUCCUUAA